AUGACUGGACGCAGCCAAGAAUUGUCUGAGAUUCUUAACAGAAGACACAUUAACAUCUGCUGUGUUCAAGAGUUAAAAUGGAAAGGCUCGAAGUCCAGGGAUAUCGGCUACAACUAUCAACUAUUAUAUAAUGGGUCAUCAACUACUAGGAACGGCAUCGGUGUAAUACUAGAUGAGAAUCUUAAGAACAGAAUCAUACAAAUUAACAGAAUUAGUGACAGAAUAAUGUACGUCAAAGUGGCCCUAGAUAAUCAGCCUUGUUUAAACAUUUUAUCGGUUUACGCCCCUCAAACUGGCUGUAACAGAGAAGAAAAAGAGGUAUUCUGGGAAGAGUUGCAGGAAACCAUCCAAAACAUACCAGCUACGGAAAAUAAGAUCCUUGCAGGCGACUUAAAUGGACAUAUCGGAAAAGCGUCUACCCAGGGAUGUGAUAUGCACGGGGGCUUUGGAUACGGCACAUUAAAUGAUCAAGGCAAAGAAAUACUGGACCUUGCAAACAACUUUCAGAUGCCUAUUAUUAACUCUUUCUUCGAAAAGAAAAACGAUCAUCUUAUCACAUACAAAAGUGGUAAAUUUGCUACACAGAUCGAUUAUAUAAUGUCUGAUGCCACUCUGCGCAAGUACUUUAGAGAUUGUAAAGUCAUCCCAGGGGAACCACUUACCACCCAACAUCGGCUGCUUGUAGCAUGUCUAAAACUACCAAAUUGGAGAUCCAAAUCAAAAAUAAAGCCCCGGCCCCGCAUCAAAUGGUUCAACCUGGACAAGGCCAAAGGCGAUGACCUUACUGUAAGAGUAGGAGAAUAUCUCACAGAAGAUCUCAGAGAUGUUAUAUUUUAG